CGUUUACCACCAGACCGCGUUUCUUCGUCUCGUCAGCUAAUCUUUCCCCAUUGCCUCAAGACCAGGCUCUUCAGCGUCACCGUCGACUCCACUUCGCACAGCCAUUUUGAAUCUCUCUCUCUCUCUUUCCUCCUAAUCCCCAUCCAUCCUCUCAGAUCCGAAUCUCCACUAUUCCAUUCAGGGCUGAAGAUAGGGCACGAAUCUCGAAUCCUAGGGUUUCCAGAUGGCGAGGCCAUCCGAGAAUUGGGAGCGGCUCGUGCGAGCCACGCUGCGCAGGGAGCAGCUCCGGAGCGCAGGCCAAGUCCACGAGCGUAUCUCCAGCGGCCUCGCCGGUGCCGUUCCGGCGUCCCUCACUCGUGCUACCAACAUCGACCUGAUCCUGCAGGCUGCUGACGAGAUACAGGCAGAGGACGCCAUUGUAGCUCGAAUUCUUUGUGAGCAGGCAUAUACCAUGGCCCAGAAUCUGGACCCCAACAGUUACGGUAGAGGUGUACUUCAGUUCAAGACUGGCUUGAUGUCUGUAAUCAAGCAAAAGCUUGCCAAAAGGGAUGGAGAGCGAAUAGAUCGUAAUCGUGACAUUGAACACUUGUGGGAAUUUUAUCAGCUUUACAAAGUACGUCACAAAGUUGAUGAUAUCCGAAGAGAGGAGCAAAAAUGGCGAGAAUCUGGAAUGUUUAGUGCUAAUCUGGAAGACUUGGAACUCAGAUCUCUAGAAAUGAAAAAGGUUAUUGCCACUAUGAGGGCCCUGGUUGAGGUGAUGGAACUGCUGAGCAAAGAUGCAGCUCCUGAUGGAGUGGGAAGACUUAUAAUUGAGGAGUUAAGAAGGAUAAAACAAUCAGAUGCAACAUUAGCAGGGGAACUCACACCAUACAACAUUGUUCCUCUGGAAGCACCAUCAUUAACAAACCCUAUUGGAUUUUUUCCAGAAGUCAGGGGUGCUUUAUCAGUGAUCAGAUAUGCUGAACACUCCUUCCCUAGGCUUCCUGCUGACUUUGAACUUCCUGCAUCCCGGGAUCUUGACAUGUUUGACUUUCUGGAAUACGUAUUUGGUUUUCAGAAAGACAAUACAAGGAAUCAGCGUGAGAAUCUUGUUCUUACUAUAGCAAAUGCUCAGUCACGUCUCGGAAUACCUGUUGAGUCUGAAGGGAAAAUAGAUGAGAAGGCUGUUAAUGAAGUAUUCUUAAAGGUAUUGGAUAACUACAUCAAAUGGUGCAGAUAUUUGCGGAAACGGCUAGUGUGGAACAGUUUAAAUGCAAUUAAUAAGGAAAGGAAGCUUUUUUUACUUUCCCUGUACUUCCUCAUUUGGGGUGAAGCUGCAAAUGUCCGUUUUCUUCCUGAAUGCAUUUGUUACAUCUACCACCAGAUGGCAAAAGAGUUAGAUGGAAUAUUGGACCAUGGUGAAGCUACUUAUGCGGCCAGUUGCCUACGAGGAGAUGGUUCAGUGUCCUUCCUUGAUCAAAUCAUUCAUCCCAUAUAUGAAACUUUAGCAGAAGAAGCUGGUAUAAACAACAAUGGGAAAGCUUCACACUCAGCAUGGAGGAACUAUGAUGAUUUUAAUGAAUAUUUCUGGUCACGUGCAUGCUUUGAGUUAGGAUGGCCUAUGAAGAGGGAAUCAUCAUUUUUGAUGAAGCCUAAAAAGUGGAAAAGGACUGGAAAAAGCACUUUUGUUGAGCAUCGGACAUUUUUCCACCUGUAUCGAAGUUUUCAUCGUAUGUGGAUUUUUUUGGUUGUAAUGUUCCAGGCAUUGACAAUCACAGCCUUCAAUGAUGGAAAAAUUAAUCUCGAUACUUUUAAAACUGUUCUUAGUGUUGGACCAACUUAUACCAUCAUGAACUUCAUUGAGAGUUGUUUAGAUGUGCUGCUUACGUUUGGGGCUUACAGCACAGCAAGAGGCAUGGCUAUCUCUAGGCUGUUUAUUAGAUUUUUCUGGUUUGGGUUGAGCUCUGUAUUUGUGACAUAUCUUUAUGUGAAGGUUUUGGAGGAAAGAAACAAGCACACUUCAGAUUCAGUAUAUUUUCGGAUUUAUAUUCUUGUAUUGGGGGUUUAUGCUGCUAUACGCAUAGUUUUUGCAAUAUUACUUAAAUUUCCAGCUUGUCAUGCUAUGUCCGAACGUGCUGACCAGUCAUUCUUUCAAUUCUUCAAGUGGAUUUAUCAGGAGCGAUACUUUGUGGGUCGUGGUCUUUAUGAAAGUACCAGUGAUUAUUUAAGGUACGUGCUCUACUGGUUGGUGAUCUUUGUGUGCAAAUUCACAUUUGCCUACUUUCUUCAGAUCGAACCACUUGUCAAACCUACACGCAUUAUUGUGGACCUUCCAUCCCUUCAGUACUCAUGGCACGAUUUGAUUUCAAAAAACAAUAAUAAUUUUUUGACCAUUGCUAGCUUGUGGGCUCCUGUGGUGGCUAUCUAUCUGAUGGACAUUCAUAUAUGGUACACCCUAUUAUCUGCCAUUGUUGGCGGGGUGAUGGGUGCACGGGCACGGCUAGGCGAGAUACGUUCACUUGAAAUGAUGCAUAAACGCUUUGAGAGUUUCCCAGAAGCCUUUGUCAAGAAUCUUGUGUCUCCGCAAGCGAAAAGGACUUAUAGUGUACAAUCAUCUCAGGCUUCUCAUGAAAACAACAAGGCAUAUGCAGCAUUAUUUUCCCCAUUUUGGAAUGAGAUAAUCAAAAGCUUGCGUGAGGAGGAUUACAUUAGCAACCGGGAGAUGGACUUGCUUUCUAUGCCUAGCAACACUGGCAGUCUAAGAUUAGUUCAGUGGCCUUUGUUUCUUCUAAGCAGUAAGAUCUUGUUGGCAGUUGAUUUAGCUCUGGACUGUGAAGACACACAAGCAGAUCUUUGGAAUAGAAUAUGCAAAGAUGAAUACAUGGCAUAUGCUGUUCAGGAGUGCUAUUAUAGUGCUGAAAAAAUUUUAUAUUCCAUGGUUGAUGGCGAGGGAAGGCUUUGGGUUGAAAGGAUCUUUCGUGAAAUCAACAGUAGUAUUCAGGAAGGCUCACUUGUUAUGACCUUAUCUCUUAAAAAGCUUCCACUGGUGGUAUCCAGAUUUACAGCAUUGACUGGGCUACUGAGCAAAGGAACUGUAGAAAAUCCACAAGGAGCUGCAAAAGCUAUUUAUGAUCUUUAUGAGGUUGUUACACAUGAUCUAUUGCAUUCUGAUUUAAGGGAGCAGCUUGAUACAUGGAAUAUAUUGGCAAGGGCAAGAAAUGAGGGGCGACUUUUUUCUAGGAUAGAAUGGCCAAAGGAUCCCGAGAUUAUGGAGCAAGCAAAGCGAUUGCGCUUACUACUUAGUGUAAAAGAUUCUGCAGAUAAUAUUCCAAAGAAUCUUGAAGCAAGAAGAAGGUUGCAGUUUUUCACUAAUUCAUUAUUUAUGGAUAUGCCUGCUGCCAAACCCGUUUCUGAAAUGAUGCCAUUCAGUGUUUUCACUCCAUACUACAGUGAGACUGUACUCUAUAGUUCCUCUGAAUUGCAACGUGAAAACGAGGACGGGAUAUCAACUAUUUUCUAUCUUCAAAAGAUCUUUCCUGAUGAAUGGGAGAACUUUAUGGAACGGAUUGGUAGGAGAGAUAUUGGGGAUGCAGAACUUGAAAACAUUACUGAUUCCUUGGAGCUUCGGUUAUGGGCCUCUUAUCGAGGCCAAACUCUAGCUAGGACAGUUCGUGGGAUGAUGUAUUAUCGGAGGGCAUUAAUGUUACAGAGUUUCCUGGAAAGAAGAUUUCUGGCAGAGGAAAACUAUUCUCAAGUGAACUUCCUCACAACACAAGGUUUUGAAUUAUCACGUGAAGCACGGGCACAAGCUGAUUUGAAGUUCACUUAUGUGGUUUCUUGCCAAAUUUAUGGGAAACAAAAACAAGGGAAAGCUCCAGAGGCAGCUGACAUUGCUCUGUUGUUACAAAGGAAUGAGGCACUUCGUGUGGCCUAUAUACAUACUGAAGAGAGCACAACUGAUGGAAAUGUUUCAAAUGUGUACUAUUCAAAGCUUGUGAAAGCUGAUGUAAAUGGAAAAGAUCAGGAAAUAUAUUCUAUUAAACUGCCUGGUGAUCCUAAACUUGGAGAAGGGAAGCCUGAAAACCAAAAUCAUGCCAUAAUAUUUACACGUGGUGAAGCUGUUCAAACCAUUGACAUGAAUCAGGAUAAUUAUCUUGAGGAGGCAAUGAAAAUGAGAAAUCUUCUUGAGGAGUUCAAAAGAAAUCAUGGCAUUCGACCUCCAACUAUUCUCGGUGUUAGAGAGCAUGUAUUUACUGGAAGUGUUUCUUCUCUUGCUUGGUUUAUGUCCAAUCAAGAGACUAGUUUUGUGACCUUGGGCCAGAGAGUUCUAGCAAAUCCACUCAAAGUCCGCAUGCAUUAUGGACAUCCAGAUGUCUUUGAUCGGAUCUUUCACAUAUCUCGAGGCGGCAUUAGUAAGGCAUCACGUGUUAUUAACAUUAGUGAAGAUAUUUACGCAGGAUUUAAUUCAUCAUUGAGGCAUGGUAACAUUACACACCAUGAAUACAUUCAGGUUGGAAAGGGAAGAGAUGUUGGAUUGAACCAAAUUGCCCUGUUUGAAGGUAAAGUUGCUGGUGGAAAUGGAGAGCAAGUUCUGAGCAGGGACGUGUAUAGGAUUGGGCAACUUUUUGACUUCUUUAGAAUGCUUUCUUUCUAUUUCACAACUGUCGGUUAUUAUGUGUGCACAAUGAUGACAGUUCUGACAGUAUAUAUUUUCUUGUAUGGAAGGGUUUACCUGGCUUUCUCUGGACUUGAUGAGGGAAUUUCAAAAACAGCUAAAAGGUUGGGUAAUACAGCACUGGAUGCAGUUUUAAAUGCUCAGUUCCUGGUCCAGAUCGGAAUUUUCACUGCCGUUCCCAUGAUAAUGGGUUUCAUAAUUGAACUGGGAUUGUUAAAGGCAGUUUUCAGCUUCAUUACAAUGCAGCUUCAACUAUGCUCCGUCUUUUUCACAUUCUCGUUAGGAACUAAAACUCAUUAUUUUGGACGUACAAUCCUCCACGGUGGUGCAAAAUACAGAGCAACAGGAAGAGGCUUUGUUGUCCGUCACAUCAAGUUUGCUGAUAACUACAGGCUUUACUCAAGAAGUCAUUUUGUCAAGGCGCUAGAAGUUGCACUGCUGCUUAUAGUUUACAUUGCAUAUGGAUACACGGAUGGAGGUGCUGUUUCUUUUGUUUUGUUGACUCUUAGCAGUUGGUUCCUUGUCAUCUCAUGGCUGUUUGCCCCAUAUAUCUUCAACCCUUCUGGCUUUGAAUGGCAAAAGACUGUUGAGGAUUUUGACGAUUGGACCAGUUGGCUUCUCUAUAAAGGUGGAGUUGGUGUGAAGGGAGAAAACAGCUGGGAAGCUUGGUGGGAUGAAGAACAGAUGCAUAUCCAGACAUUGAGAGGCCGGAUACUAGAAACAAUUUUAACCUUGAGGUUUCUCGUGUUCCAAUAUGGUAUUGUAUACAAACUUCAUCUUACAGGGAAGGACACAUCAAUUGCGAUUUAUGGAUUCUCUUGGGUUGUAUUGGUUGCAAUUGUUAUGAUAUUUAAGAUCUUCACGUUUAGCCCAAAGAAAUCAACAAACUUCCAGCUGAUACUUCGGUUUAUGCAAGGAGUUACAUCGAUAGGACUUGUUACAGCUCUUUGCCUAGUUGUGGCAUUUACUGACCUUUCGAUUGCAGAUUUGUUCGCAAGCAUCCUUGCAUUUAUUCCUACUGGAUGGAUCAUUAUAUGUUUGGCUGUGACAUGGAAGAGUAUUGUAAGAAGCCUAGGGUUAUGGGAUUCAGUGCGGGAGUUUGCAAGAAUGUAUGAUGCCGGGAUGGGUAUGAUCAUCUUCGCACCCAUAGCACUGCUGUCUUGGUUCCCCUUUGUUUCGACCUUCCAGUCUCGCUUGCUCUAUAAUCAAGCAUUUAGCCGUGGACUGGAGAUCUCCCUUAUCCUUGCCGGGAACAAAGCCAAUGUGGAGAAGACCUGAUUUAUCCACCAUAUGGAAAAGAAAGCAAUGGCUGCUGCUUCACCACUGCAGAGAUCAGAGAUUGUGAUGUGAUGUGAUGUGAUGCGAGGUUCUUCAGCUGAAGCCGGCCCUGCUGCAAAUCCUUUGGUUGUUGCAUCAUACUCUCUCUAUCUCUCUUGUUUGCUUGUGUUAUUACCCAACAUGCCUGCUCAUGUAUAGAUGAUUAGAUGGUUUUGCAGAACAAUAGCAUGGUAGGUUAAUAUUUAUGGUUGGUAUAGACAAUACAUGGCAUAAAUAUGAUUUAGAUAAUUUUGAUCUGGUUUUCGUUGCUUU